GCAGGUUCCCAGGUUUCUGCCGUCGUUGUUGGCCACGGUGUGGGAAGCAGCUCUGGGGGAGCUCAGAGCUCCCGAUCACGGCUUCUUGGGGGCAGCUACAGCUGGGUGGGUGGAACGGGGCUGGACCGCUGUGGAGACCCCAGUGGACCAGGGCACCAGUGAGGACGCCGUGACUUCUGCCGUCUGAGUCUGUGCCCUACCCAGCGCUAGAGCCGGCUCCCAGGGAGAACUCGGUGGGACUUCAGAAGCUCCGGCCAGCUCUGCCUUGUGACCAUGGCCCUGUCCCUGGGAGCCGAGAUGUGGGGGCCUGAGGCCUGGCUGCUGGUGCUGCUCCUGGCAUCAUUUACAGGCCGAUGCCCCGCGGGCGAGCUGGAGACCUCGGACCUGGUGACCGUGGUGCUGGGCCAGGACGCAAAGCUGCCCUGCUUCUACCGAGGGGAACCCGGCGAGCAGGUGGGGCAGGUGGCAUGGGCUCGGGUGGAUGCGGGCGAGGGCGCCCGGGAGCUGGCGUUGCUGCACUCCAAAUACGGGCUGCACGUGAGCUCGCCCUAUGAGGGCCGCGUGGAGCAGCCGCCGCCCCCGCGGGACCCCCUGGACGGCGCGGUGCUCUUGCGCAACGCCGUGCAGGCCGAUGAGGGCGAGUACGAGUGUCGUGUCAGCACCUUCCCCGCCGGCAGCUUCCAGGCGCGGCUGCGGCUCCGCGUGCUGGUGCCUCCCCUGCCUUCACUGAAUCCUGGGCCAGCACUCGAAGAGGGCCAGGGCCUGACGCUGGCAGCCUCCUGCACCGCAGAGGGCAGCCCCGCCCCCAAUGUGACCUGGGACACAGAGGUCAAGGGCACAACGUCCAGCCGCUCCUUCAAGCACUCCCGCUCAGCUGCUGUCACUUCAGAGUUCCACCUGGUGCCCAGCCGCAGCAUGAAUGGACAGCCGCUUACCUGUGUGGUGUCCCACCCUGGCUUGCUCCAGGACCAAAGGAUCACCCACAUCCUCCAAGUGGCCUUCCUAGCCGAGGCCUCUGUGAGGGGCCUAGAAGACCAAAAGCUGUGGCAGGUUGGCCGAGAAGGGGCCACACUCAAGUGCCUGAGUGAAGGACACCCCCCUCCCUCGUAUAACUGGACACGGCUGGAUGGGCCUCUGCCCAGUGGGGUACGAGUGGAAGGGGACACUCUGGGCUUCCCCCCGCUGACCACUGAGCACAGUGGCAUCUACGUUUGCCGUGUGAGCAAUGAGCUUUCCUCCAGGGAUUCUCAGGUCACUGUGGAUGUUCUUGCAGACCCUCAGGAGGCCCCCGGGAAGCAGGUGGACCUGGUGUCGGCCUCCGUGGUGGUGGUGGGUGUGAUCGCCGCGCUCUUGUUCUGCCUUCUGGUGGUGGUGGUGGUGCUCAUGUCCCGAUACCAUCGGCGAAAGGCCCAGCAGAUGACCCAGAAAUAUGAGGAGGAGCUGACGCUGACCCGGGAGAACUCCAUCCGGAGGCUGCAUUCCCAUCACGCAGACCCCAGGAGCCAGCCGGAGGAGAGUGUAGGGCUGAGAGCCGAGGGCCACCCUGAUAGUCUCAAGGACAACAGUAGCUGCUCUGUGAUGAGUGACGAGCCAGAGGGCCGCAGUUACUCCACGCUGACCACGGUGAGGGAGAUCGAGACCCAGACCGAACUGCUGUCUCCAGGGCGGGCCGAGGAGGAGGAAGACCGGGACGAAGGCAUCAAACAGGCCAUGAACCAUUUUGUCCAGGAGAACGGAACCCUGCGGGCCAAGCCCACUGGCAACGGCAUUUACAUCAAUGGGCGGGGGCACCUGGUCUGACCCAGGCCUGCCUCCCUCCCUGACCCAGGCUCCUCCUGCUGACAUGGAGGAUUUCAGCUUAUCUCUGGGGCCUCCCUAAACAUCCCAUUUCUUGAGGAAGAUGCUCCCCAGCCCACUGAGUGCUCGACCUUUUCCUCCAACCCUGCUGUUGGACGAGGGGAGGGCUCCACUGGUUGAGUCGUUCCCCUCCGCGUGUGCGGGUCACUGUGUGUGCAUUGGUGCCUGUGUGAGUGUUCGCUGCCCGUGUGAGCGUGUAAAGGGGUGACUGUGCCCAUGGUGUGCAUCGUGCUGUCGUGUCAGAGUCCAAGUGAACCGCAGUGUGUGCUCCACAGGACUCGGGCGGUGGCAUGGGGAACCGUCAGGGUCUGGUUUGUGUGUUGUGUGGCUCUGUGACCUCUGCCUGUAAACGCAGGUGUUUUCCUCAGACCCCAGAGCAGUAUUAAUGAUGCAGAGGUUGGAGGUGAGAGGUGGAGACUGUGGGCCAGAGCCAGGUGUGCUGGCCUAGCUGGAGCUGGAAUCUGGCUGCCUCAGUGGGGGAGCCGGGUUCCCACUGCUGGGGAGCCGUGGGGUGCGUGCUGCAGCUGCCCUGGGGGUGCUGCCAGAGGCUCCAGCUGUUAGCCAAGAAGCCCUCUGCCCUCUGGUGGCUUCUGGGCCUGCUGCAUGUACAUACUUUCUGUAAAUAAACCUGCGCGGGGGAGCUUCUUUAAGGAAUACUGCUCCGAAUCCUUUAAUAAGAGAAAAAGAACAGUUAAAAGACUUCUGAUUUAUCUGGCUGUUUGUCACUGCUAGGAUAGCUUAAAGGGAGGCCACCCCACACCUGAAGUCAGCACACCUAGGCCUUCCUGAGACCCCACCCCAGGGGGCUCUGAAAGGUGCUCCUAGGCAGCCCCUUGGGAAGGAGGGAGCCUGAGGGCCAUGGGGUCUGAAUUAGGGCCGUGAGUCCACAGUUACUGGCUAAGGGAGGAUAAGGCAGGGCCUGGGCCCUGCGGCUCCUGGGCCCUUCCUGGCCUCAUCUCUUUCCUUAGCUGUACCCGCAGUGUGUGGUCCUGUGGCGGGUUGCUGAGACUGGGCGCCGCGGACUUGUGGUUCGCUGUGGUGUACGGGAGAGGGUAGUGGUUACAGACCAAGGAAGGGAGACUCGAGGAGCGAAGGAGCUGCUGGGGGCACGGGUGUCUCCCUUCCUCUAGGGCCCUCAGGGUCACUGACUCGGGCUCUUCUGGCAGUUUCUGUGGGUGUGGGCUGAGGUUAGAUAAGGUCCUUUUCCCCUGGUCAACCAAACACCCAGCCAGCAUACCUAAAUCCAGUGCCUAAACCCUGCUUGCGCGGAAAUCGGCCGCAUUUCCGGACCAAGGGAGAGACUUCUAUCCCCCGAUCCCCAGAUGGCCCAGGACCUUGGAUGCGCAGCCCGCCGAUUCCUCGUAUGUACAUUUUGUGUAAAUAUGUGCAUAUUUGUACAUAAAGCGAUAUUCUGUUUUUAAAUAAACAGAUAAAACCUG